AUGCCACCCCAAGUGCAAACACGAAUGAAUACCACUCCAAAAGUGGUCCAAGGAGACUUGAAGAGUCUGGCGCCCAAUGUGAGAAAGUUCAUUGAAAGCAAUGCCAAGCUGUGCCAACCGAAGGCCAUCCACAUCUGUGAUGGAUCAGAGGAUGAGAACAAAAAGAUUUUAGAGCUCAUGGUGGAACAAGGCAUGAUCAAGAAGCUUAGAAAAUAUGAAAAUUGCUGGUUAGCCUGCACCGAUCCAAGGGACGUGGCCAGAAUUGAAAGCAAAACUGUAAUUGUGACUCCAGAGCAGCGAGACACCAUCCCAAUCCCCCAAAGUGGAGUGAGCCAGCUGGGACGGUGGAUGUCAGAAGAAGAUUUUGAGAAAGCCUUCAGGAUCAGAUUCCCCGGGUGCAUGGAAGGUCGUACCAUGUACGUCAUCCCAUUCAGCAUGGGACCGAUUGGUUCUCCUCUAUCCAAGUUUGGGAUUGAGCUGACUGAUUCUCCUUACGUGGUGGCCAGUAUGAAAAUUAUGACUCGUAUGGGAACAUCUGUCCUAGAGGCUCUGGGUGAUGGAGAAUUUGUAAAAUGCCUCCAUUCAGUUGGGUGCCCUUUACCAUUAAAAAAGCCUCUAGUGAAUAACUGGCCUUGCAAUCCAGAUUUGACGUUGAUUGCUCACAUCCCUGAUCACAGGGAGAUCAUUUCUUUUGGAAGUGGCUACGGGGGAAACUCCCUUCUAGGAAAGAAGUGUUUUGCUCUUAGAAUUGCCAGCAGGAUCGCCAAGGAAGAGGGCUGGCUUGCAGAGCACAUGCUGAUUUUAGGUAUCACAAAUCCAAAAGGUGAAAAAAAAUACUUUGCGGCAGCGUUUCCUAGCGCUUGUGGAAAAACCAAUCUGGCUAUGAUGAAUCCAUCUUUGCCAGGAUGGAAAGUGGAAUGCGUUGGAGACGAUAUUGCUUGGAUGAAAUUUGACAACAAAGGUAAUUUAAGAGCCAUCAACCCAGAGAAUGGCUUUUUUGGAGUUGCUCCUGGAACCUCUGUGAAAACCAAUCCCAAUGCUAUGAAGACAAUAAAAAAGAAUACAAUCUUCACCAACGUGGGAGAAACUAGUGAUGGAGGCGUAUAUUGGGAAGGUAUUGAUCAGGAGCUUCCACCAGGAAUCACUCUCUUGUCUUGGAAAAAGAAAAAAUGGACUGCUGAGAAUGAAGAGCCUUGUGCUCAUCCCAAUUCCCGAUUCUGCUGUCCUGCUAGCCAGUGUCCUAUUAUUGAUCCUGCCUGGGAAAAUCCAGAAGGCGUCCCAAUUGAGGGCAUCAUAUUUGGAGGACGGAGACCUGAAGGUGUGCCUCUAGUUUAUGAGGCUCUUAACUGGCAGCACGGGGUAUUCAUUGGUGCAACAAUGAGAUCAGAAGCAACAGCCGCUGCUGAAUAUAAAGGAAAGAUCAUCAUGCAUGAUCCUUUUGCCAUGAGACCUUUCUUCGGGUACAACUUUGGUCAAUAUCUUUCCCACUGGCUCAGCAUGGCACAUCGGCCUACAGCAAAACUCCCGAAGAUCUUCCAUGUCAACUGGUUCCGGAAAGAUGAACAAGGGAAAUUCCUUUGGCCCGGCUUUGGUGAAAACUCCCGGGUGCUGGAAUGGAUGUUUAACCGCAUCCGGGGAGAAGACGACGGUGCUCAGCUGACAGCCAUUGGCUACAUCCCCAACGACACAGGAUUGAACUUGAAAGGCUUGGAAAGGGUCAGCCUCCAGAAACUCUGUGAUGUUUCCAAAGAGUUUUGGGAGAAGGAGGUGGAAGAAAUCAAGAAAUAUUUUGCAGAGCAAGUGAAUGCCGACCUCCCGUAUGAGAUGGAAAGAGAAGUUAUUGCGUUAGAACAGAGAAUUAAACAACUGUAA